CGAUGGCCGCGCUGCAGUACGCCGGCUUGGACGACACCGACAGCGACGAGGAGCUGCCGCCGGGCUGGGAGGAGCGCACCACCAAGGACGGCUGGGUGUACUACGCCAAUCACCUGGAAGAGAGAACUCAGUGGGACCAUCCCAAAUCUGGAAAAAGGAAGCGUGUUGCAGGAGAUUUGCCAUAUGGGUGGGAGCAAGAAACAGAUGAAAAUGGACAAGUCUAUUUUGUUGACCAUAUCAACAAAAGGACUACUUACCUUGACCCGAGACUGGCGUUCACAGUAGAAGACAAUCCAAUGAAACCCAAUGCCAAGCAGAAGUAUGAUGGAAACACUACCGCAAUGGAAAUCCUUCAGGGGCGAGAUAUGAGUGGGAAAGUGAUCAUCGUUACUGGAGCAAAUUCUGGAAUAGGCUUUGAAACAGCGAAGUCCUUUGCACUUCAUGGAGCACAUGUUAUCCUUGCCUGCCGGAAUAUGGUGAAAGCCAACGAGGCCGUGCAGCGUAUCUUGGAAGAAUGGCACAAAGCCAAGGUAGAAGCAAUGACCCUGGACCUUGCAUCUCUUCGGAGCGUACAGGAGUUUUUCGAAGCAUUCAGAUCCAAAAAUAUACCUCUCCAUGUGCUGAUCUGCAAUGCUGCUAUCUUUGGUGUUCCUUGGACGUUGACCGAAGACGGCCUGGAGUCCCUCUUCCAGACCAAUCAUCUGGGGCACUUCUACCUGAUUCAGCUCCUCAGAGACAUUCUCUGCUGCUCGGCUCCUGCCCGAGUUGUGAUGGUGUCGUCUGAAUCACACAGGUUCACGGACAUUAAUGACUCCUCAGGAAAACUUGACUUGAACCUGCUUUCUCCAUCUAAGAAAGAUUUCUGGCCUAUGCUAGCCUACAAUCGGUCGAAGCUGUGCAAUAUUCUGGUAUCCAGUGAGCUGAACCGCCGUCUUUCCUCCCGCGGGGUGACAUCAAACGCAUUGCAUCCGGGGUCUCUAAUGUACACGUCCCUUCAUCACAACUGGUGGGUGUAUACCCUGCUGUUUGCUUUGGCUCGUCCUUUUACAAAGUCCAUGCAACAAGGAGCCGCCACCACUGUCUACUGCGCAUGUGCCCCUGAGCUGGAAGGCCUGGGAGGGAUGUACUUCAACAACUGCUGCCGUUGCGUGCCAUCGCAAGAGGCGGAGAACGAGGCGACGGCGGCAGCCUUGUGGGAGAUAAGCGAGAAGCUGAUCCAAGAGCGCGUUGGCAGCCCCGGCAAGUAACAAGAGCUGCCGGAAGGAUGGAAACCUAUCGAGUAUGGGUACUCAGGCAGAG